CAAGGAUAUGCCCCCGUUGUCAUCUUGGAGAAGAAACUAUUCACCAUCUAUUUUUGGAGUGUGAAACCUCUAAAAGGGUAUGGAGAUCUUCUCCUUUGGGGUUCGAUUUUGAUAAGGUUCUCAAGGUUGGAUUCAAUGUUUGGUUUGAUGAUUAAAUUAGCUCUGCACCCACUAAGGAGCUGAUUCAAAUGUCUUUCUUUUUUGUUUGGGUCAUAGGAAUCGAAAAUUUUAGGAAGACAGAGAUCAGUCUCCGAUGGAAAUACAACAAUGGGCAAUGUAAGAACUUCAAACUUUCACCACAGCUGACUUGGCGCAUAAUCCCAGAAGAAGUUGCUGCGUACUCCAUUAGAAAUGAUGGAGCUUUCAUUCUCUCUGAUAGAAGAAGUGUAGGAGCACGGAAAAUUAUUGAUGCACAAGGGAACCAUUAUGCCUCAGGGGGCAGAGCAUUCUUGUCCUGUUCCCCAUUGCAAGCAGGGGUUACAUUAAGCCUUCUAGGUCUCCAAAUUGUCAAGGAUGAGGAUCUUCAACGGUGCAUUUUGCAAACUGAUAAUGUGUUAGUAGCAGGUUUCAAAGCUAAGGGCUCCGGGUUUCCGUUUGAACUCCAAUUCCUAGCUAAUGAUCUUAUAGAAAUAGUUAAAUAGUUUUCAAUAUUGUCAGUUUAGGAGAAUCGCCAUAGAUUAUCAAGGGCGUUUCUCCAAUCUGAGAGAGCUAUAUACUAUGUAAGUUUUUUAAAUUGUGAUAUGCAAU